GAUAAACCGUGGAAAACUGGGGCGAGUACCAAGGGCACCGAAAGCGAAAAAUCCGCCAUGUUUUGUCGUUCCGCCCUCAAGUAAAUAACAAAAACAAAAGUGGAAUAAACCCAUUUUGAAGAAGAUUUCAUAUCAUGGAAAGUACCACCAGUCUCAAGGAAGACGAUGUCUGGCUGAGUGCUCAUCAUGACCCAGUGUCCAGCCUUUACACUUUUUCUUCCUCAAUCUCCCUCGCUGACCUGAAUGCUGAUGGUGACUUUAAGCUUCUGGUAGCCGACCUUGGAACAGGAACCUAUGAUAUGAAGCUGAAGGUUUAUAAGGGGACCAAUCUGUUCAUGGAGAGUGCUAUAAUUGAUCUACCAACUGCCUUGGUUGCAUUCUACAUGGAUACAAAUGACCCUAGGACCCCAGCAGUAGCUGUUGCAUCUGGGCCAUUUAUUUACGUCUACAAGAAUCUCCGUCCUUACUUCAAGUUUACCCUCCCUCCACUUGAAGUGAAUGCAGUUGAGCAGGAUUUAUGGAACCAAGCAAAGGAAGACCGCAUUGAUGUCCAGAUGCUACGGGAAAUGCUGGAGAGUUUGCGUAGUGAGGGCAGUGAAGGUUCUCUGACAGUGCGUUCUCUCAAGUUUCUCUCCUUACACCCAGAGGAAAUGGAAGAUUUUGCCAGCCUUCACAAAAUGGCACCACUAAAGAGACAGACGGUUAUCACUUGUAUGAACACCAUGAAGAAAAGUGUUGCUGACGAGGAUGCUGUUAGCUGCUUGGUCAUUGGUACAGAGAGCAAAGAUAUCUAUAUCCUAGAUCCUGAAGCGUUCACAGUCCUCUCCAAAAUGAGUCUUCUAAGCGUGCCUGCAUUUAUGUCAGUCUCAGGUUUAUAUGACGUGGAGUUUAGAGUGAUUGUUGCCUGCAGAGAUGGUAAAGUUUAUACCCUAAAGCGUGGUAACAAGAUUGCCAAAGCUAGCAUAGAGUUGACUGCACAGGCUGUAGGCUUGGAACGCAUUGGCAAAAACAUCAUUGUGGGAUGCAUGGAUAAUACCCUUGUUUGUUACUCUACCAAAGGGAAAAAGUUAUGGACUGUUUAUCUUCCAGCAAACAUAGCCACUAUGGCACUCAUGGACUACAAGGCCAGAGGGUUUAAGGGUGUCAUGGUUGCUCUUACAAAUGGUGAAGUGCGUUUGUACAAAGACAAGUUCCUUGUUAACACUCUACAGAUGCAGGAUACUGUGACAGCCAUCAGGUUUGGUCGAUUUGGUAGGGAGGAUAGUGCUCUUAUUCUCAUCACAAGGGGGGGUGGCUUUUAUGUCAAAAUUCUCAAGCGCACAGCCACCUUUGAUGGCAAAGACCUUACCCCUGGACCGCCCUUGGCACAAUCAGUCAAACUCAAUGUACCAAAGAAAACCAAAGUGUUUGUAGACCAGACACUACGAGAGCGGGAAAGUGCUGUCUCCAUGCAUAGAAUGUUCCAACAUGAUCUCUAUCUCCUUCGGCUCACAGCGACCCGCUCAUAUGUGAAUGCCCUUCAAAAGAGCCUAAACCCUGUAUCCUCCUCAGCCCUUGAACCCCUCAAGCUAUCAGCUCAAAUACAAGGCAUUGGCCCUGCCUUUAAGCUGACAGUCAAUCUGCAGAACAUCUCUCCUAGUGUGGCAAUCACUAACCUUCUUAUCACCUUCCAGCAUGACGAGUCCCUGUAUGCACUUGCUAAACCCUGCAUUAUUGUACCCCUUCUAGUACCUGGGUUGUCCUACUCAUAUGAGACUCUUGUGGAAUGUAUAAGUGAUAAGGGGAUCUCAGAUGUUAUCAAAGUGUUUGUUCUUCGUCAAGGGAAAAGUGUACCUAUCAUAACUGCUGUUAUCAACAUGCCUGUCAGCGAGGCUCUGGUCAUUGUGUAGCCUUGACUGACUUCAGACAGUAGUUCUUGGAGGUGCAUCUUAUUAAAGCAAGAAGCUCUCAAAUAUGGCUAUCCUUUAUACCAAACAUGCCUGUCACUGAGGCAUCUUAUUUAAACAGCAUGUACAUACACAUAACUCAAAUGAAUAUUAUUUCUGUAUACACUACAUAUUGUAGAUAAAAGAAUCCUACCAUUCUUUUAAAGGUUCUUCAGAAAACCUUUAAACCACCUAAUGCUAAAUGUUCACCUCCAACAAUUUUUUAACAACUAAUAAUGAUAUAAUAUUUGUGGGUUGUGAACAUGAACAUCAAGCUCAUUUCAGUGAGCCUGCAGUAUGUGCCGAUGAGGCAUAACAGUGGCUAAAGCCUAGUAUAGAUAUUGCUGUAAAAAAUUAUGGGCCUUUUUUUUCCUAGCCACGUUGCAUGCUUGUGAACCAUUAAAAUAUUAAAACUUAUAUCAUAAGUGUGUGGAGCAGAGCUUAUUUCCCUUACCUAUUGUUCCAGAAGAACAAUGCUAGAAUAAUAUAUAUAUUCUUAUAUGAAAAAAAAAAACUAAGAAUAAAGUGAGGAUAAAGCCAUUCAAUCAUUAGUGUGCAGAUCAGUGAGAUCAUGGCAGCAAAAUCCGACCCUAAAUACACCUUAGGUUAUGUUUCGCUUUUUCACCCUGUGUCAACGGGGCUAAGGUUUUACUGAGACUUAAUAAUGAUAUUUUAUUUACACCUUUUGCAGUUACAUAAUUGACAUGAAUUGCAGGCAGAGCCAUUAAUGUUAAUAUAUAAUACAUGACUUACGAGGCUGUAUACUACAUAUACUGUGUAUUACAAGCACUGCAAAAAAGAUAUGCAAUUAUGAGUUUCCACCAUUGCGACAACAUAAGCGAGAGAGUUGGAAAGCCAAAGGCUGCAUUUGAAAUUUUUGCCAUGAUCACGUGACACGGUUGUUGUGAACGUUGUUCGCCGGGUUUCAUGGCCAUUCCCUUCUGCUUACUGAGUACAACAGCAUAAUCUUCAAUUUUGUGUAAAAAUUAGUGCAUUCAUCACACCUAUUCAAUUCUUGUGAAAUCUAUUACCUGCGUCGAUGUACUCGCCAAGCAAAGAACGAUCUCGUGUUACCGAGGAUAAAACAUAAUUAUGGAAAGAGAACAUUCGAGUACAGCGGCGCAAAACUCUGGAACUCGCUCCCACGAGAGACAAAGGAGUGUCGAUCCGUUGGCUCCUUCGCUAUGGCUCUCCAAAAAUUAACAUUGUAAAUUCAUGUAUAUAGAUAAUGUAAAUAGAUAAUGUAGAAAGAUAAUGUAUAUAGAUUUUUCCCAGUUCACCUAAAUAUCACUUUAUUUAUUUUUGUUUUCCCUGAGGGCCACGUGUAAAUUAUCUGUUUAGAUAUUAAGUGUUACCCCUAAUAAAAGUCUAUCUAUCUA